AUGGACGCACUCGCCGAGGUGCUCGGCAUCCCCCCGCCGGAGAUGGCUUUCCCGCACAACUCGCUGGUGCUGCAACACGCCGAGUCGGGGUUCAAUCUGUGCUUCGAUGCGGUGCGUACGUUGCGGUCGGUGGAAGGAGUGCGGAUUGCGAAUCGGUUGCACGGUGUGGAUUGUAGGGAUGCGCCGACGGGUGAGGGUAAGAGUAGCGUUCCGGGGGCGAAACCGAAGGCGAGGACAGCGUCGUCCAUCAAAGUGGCUUAUGCUAAGGAGUGGGGCAAGAGCAGGACGGACUUCGUCGCUUCAAGUUCAUCCGCGGACGAAACGACCGCAAGCGAAACAGGAGUACCAGCAGGAGCGGGGUCGCACUUCGGAAGCGCAACAGCAGACAUCACUGCUGCGAAAGACUACGACUGGACCUACUCUACUACCUGGGCCGGUUCGCUCAACUCCACUUCACCCCAACAGCUCCUCCCCUCCAACACCACCACUACACCAUCAAUCCCUCCAUCUCUCCGCACGCUCUCCUCUUCACCCUCUACCACCGAUACGUGGUUCGAACCAGGCACAGAUCCAGCCACAGACCGCAUCCCCAUCGAACGUCUCGGCCCUUCCUCCGGAGAACCCAUCCUGUUCUACGACGACAUCGUCCUCUACGAAGACGAGCUUGCGGACAACGGUAGCUCGAUCGUCAAUGUCAAGGUUCGGGUGAUGCCUAGUGGAUUUUUGGUGUUGCAGAGAUUCUUCUUGAGGGUGGACGAUGUGGUUUUCAGGGUGUUUGAUACGAGGUUGUACUGCGAGUUCCCGCCGGCUGGGGUUGGGAGAUCGAUCGGCGGGGUGACGGGUGGUAGGCGGGAGGGUGGUGUGGAGACAAGUAUGGCAGGGCUUAGACUGGGAGAUGCACCACGAAAGGUCAAGUCGAAGGAUGAAGAUGUUGUCAUGUCGUCAAAUGACGGUGCAGGGGAAGAGGAGGGUUUUGUCCCGCGGUUGAUCAGGGAAUGCUCCGGAAGCUCGGCAGACUACGCCCUCGUCAGAUCACAUCUUCCGCCCUACAAACCGCACGACCUGUCCCCUCUAACAGACGUCAAUUGGGUGACCCAAACUCUAACCAAGAUCGAGAGGAGCAGAGUCGCCAAGUAUCACGCGAAUGUUGCCGCGGGGACGAGUCUUCCCAGAUUGGGGGAGAGGGAUGCCAACGCCGGUGCAAAGUACGUCGCUCCUGCGGGUGUUGGGGCUGGUGCAGGCAGGUUUGGCAGGAUUCUGUCGGGAUCGACGCCGGUUGGUGGAACGACUGGGUUCCCCGGGACAAGACCGGGCGAGAGGAUGGAUCUGUCCCCCGCACAAGCGCCUUCGUCGGUCAGUGUUGGAGGUGGUUCAGCACAGAUCCUGGGUGAAGUCAACGAUUCCGACGACACCUCUUGGCAGGGUUGCGGCGCUCGUGUAGACGUCGCCGUUCUCAGACCACGUCUUCCCUAA